AGCAAAGAGUUUCAGUUGCUGCUCUCAGCAUUUUUUGUUGAUUGACAGGUUUCCCUUUUCUGUUACACAGAGCAAGCCAAACCCAGCUUUUUAAUCGUUGCAGAUCAGCUUCACAGAUAGGGAAAGCUCUACAGCCUUUACUGUGUUUGUAGAAAAAACCCACACCCAUAGGAUAAUUUUACAGAAAACAUUAAUAAUUAUUCACAGUAAAUGAACUGAAGUAAAAAGAAUGGGAGGCCAACGGAAAGAAUUUCCACACUGAAGAGUUUAUGUGAGGAAGGGCAAAGCCAAUACAAUGGAGCGCCAAACUAGAGCAACCAGUGUUCUUGUUUCCCCUUUUUCAUUUAAUUAUUAAUGACAGCAUGUACAUUCUUUGUCCAAAGAGUCACCAGAUUAUAUCAUCCAGCUAAGUGGAAAGACUCGGAAGAUACAGAUGGAUGUGACCUUGGCCAUCUCCUGAGCAAGAGAGUUGUUCCUUUUCACACUUGCCAGGUGAUGAGCUACCAAAUGCCCGCUGCUUCUUUCUGCCACCUAUUUCAUGGCUGUAUGGUGCUUUAAAGGUGUAAAACACUUGAUCAGCACUGAGAGCAUCAGUCCAAAUAGCACACAGGACACAUAGAAACAUUAAAAAUGACAUCUUUAUCUGGGCCCUUAGCUAUCCUUGUCUGCCUUACAGUUCUUGUACUAUCCUUUAAAGGACCUAACUGGCUACUAUAAGACACAAGACCGAGGAUUAUAUGGAAGGUAGGGCUGGUAUAGCAUGGCAUUUCCUACAACCUUAGAUACCCAGCUUUUUGCUGCAGCAAAGAUUUUUCUCUCAAGAUAUUUUAGUUCUUUGCCAAAAUAAUGAGAAAUCAGAAUAUACAUCUAUAAAAGAUUUUCUACAAAGCUCACAAAGAUAGUUUGGAUUUAGUAUGAGCUUCUUCCAUCUCUACUAGGACAGGGCACUGACAAAGCAAACUGCUAGCAGUGGAGAAAAUAUGCUGUUGAUACCAAAGCUGAGACAGUCACUCUGCACACAGAGGGUUGAUAUUUGCCUCUUUAGGAUGCUCUUACUAUUGGCCCUAAGGCGAUCUGGUUUGUCCUGUGUGCCCAUCCACUGUAAGGAAAGGCCAAUUAAAGGGGUUUGGAUUUCAUCUGACACCAAGAGUGUUCUUGCUUGGUAAACACCCACAAAAUUACCUCCCAGCUAAGAAUUUAAUCCUGCUCUCAUGUGGUCUGCAAGCAAGCUGUUGGGAGAUGAUGGCUCAUGGAACAGACAGACGGUGAGAAAACAAGUUCCCUAUCAUGCCAGAGCCCACGCUGCUGCUGCUGUCGUGACUCACUGUUGCUACUCACUUCACCUUUGUGAUGACAUUUCUGACAAAAAGGAGAUGUUAAUAGUGUGAAGAUCAACAAUCAUGAAUAUCUUUGAGUCUGGCUUCUCUUUUACACUUGUGCAUUUGCAUCUUUCACACAUUAUCCUGAGAAAAAGUACCAUUUAUAAUAUUUUCUAUCAUGACCCUUAUCUGUUUCCUUUAUGUUCCAAAAGAGAAUUUGGGGAGGGAAUUUUUUAGAGCUUGCAAAUCUAACUUUUUAGGAAGAAUCAGUGUGAAAGAGUUCAUCUUAGCUUUAGGGUACAGGUAGGCUAUAGGCAUGGAAUGCAGGAAAACAGGUCUGAUAUGUUUAGAGGCUUGAACAUUUUUAUAGCCUGAGGAAAUACAAAAUGUCCCCGGAAAAGAUUUGGUUGGUCGAUUCUGUUUCGUUUUGUUUUGCAAAUUACAGAAUGCUCACCAGAAACUGUAACACAAAUGCUGCAUUCCUGUAGAAAGCAAGCUGCUGCUUUUCCAAUUAUCCCAGCCCCUGAUGCUUCUCCAUCGAGCUGGCAGAUCUUGACUUUCCAAAAAAAGAUCUGCUAGUUGGCGACUUCUGGUCCCACUGAAACCAACUGCUUGAAUCAGUGAGUGAGCUAAUUUUCUUUGAUUUGUUAGUGACAAGAAUUGGUGUAAUCAGUAAUAAUGACAGGUACAUGCAGUGUAAAAUGCAUGUAGCACAUCAGAUUGCAGUGCCUUGAAGAACAGUCUAAAAAUGCAUGACUUUAGAGCCCUAAUGUUGGCUUAAAUUAGAUUUAGAAUAAUGUAGGCUAAACCCUAAUGUAGGCUGUAAUGUUUGUCUCAAGGUAAGACGCUUUAUCUCCCUGCCUGCUUGAUUUAUGAUAGAUUAGGAUGUUGGUUAAUCUCUCCUUAUUUGGCUAGAUGACUGUGAAGAUUAAUCAAGUAUUGUCUGCAAAAGGAGCCCAUAAAUACAGAUUACUAAUUUUUCUUUAAUUAUACCUCUGUAUGCCAGAGGGAUACAAAGGGGGUACAGAUGAGGAUAGACACCAGCCUCUUAAAUCUCAUUUCAUGAGAGAAACAGAAAAAACACAGCAGCUGCUCUGUCUGAUACUGGUUUUCUCUGACAUGCUCAGUUCAGUUUCCUGGAAAAGGCAAAAAGCCACAAAAAUAAUAGCUUAUGGUCUCAUGUGAGAAAAUGGGAAAGCAGAAAGUGGUUCCCAGUGAGUGAAUCUGCUUGGCUGGUAUAGCAAAAUCUCUGUUUCCACAGGACACAGAGAAAGCAGCAUUUCUUAUGGGAAAAGCUAUACUGAACAAAUACUGAAACACAUGGAAACAAACUGAAAUAGCAACGUGCUGUGAAUACUGGCAAACAGACCAGCAUGGAAGAAAGACAUUGAAAAGCAUGCUCUGUGAACCUGCAGUUUCCUGCCUUGGAGCUCAACAACUGACACUACGGGUUGAACGCUGCAGCAGCACACACUGGUCCCCUCGCAGGGGAUUAGCAGACAUGGCUACAGAAAGAGAGACCGUCCCGGAGAAAGCAUACCCAGAAGCGCAGGCCUUCUGUCAGAAACACAGCCUAAUUUUUGAGGUAAUUGCCUUGAGAUGGGGUAUAUCUGAGCUUGUAGACCCUGAUCACAGAAACACACAACUCUCUCUAUGCUUCCACCAGACACCAGCAAUGGAGGGGCAGAGACCACGAGAGCCUCCCCACAGCAUUACUGCGGCCAGGAGCUCACCAUCGCCGAGCUCCCUGCAGCUCACACCUCUGUUAGCAGCACCAUAUCGCAUCUGCAGAUGGCACUGGGAGGUACUCAGGCAGUGUCCUCCUCAGCCUGGUUCUCAGUGUGUACCUAGAAGUCGCAGUGGAGCCAGCCACAAAGUGAUUGAAUGGGAGAUUGAACAGAGUCUCCUCAAUACCCAGAAGAGCAACCUGUGGGCUUUCGUAUUCCUCAGAGUGGUUGGGGAUUCCAACAGACAAAUCAGGCAAGGGACAACCAACAAGCUGUUAGAAAAAGAGGACAAUGUGGACAGUGAAACAAAACAGCUGCUCAGCUACCUUAAAGCAAAAAUUGCAAGCCAUUAUCCCAGACACCUCAAAGCACACACAGUUUUAGAGAUUCUUCAACACCGAGGACAAAUCAAUGAGGAGUGGAGGCUACUUCUGCAGGAACUGGGCCACCACACAGCUCUCUGCCUGAAGAACUGCCGAUUUUUCUGUGGGAGACAGAAUUCAUUGGACAAUAUUUUUCACCGUAUGAGGCAGAACAAUGAUAAAACCCACACAACCCUCAUUCUUUAUGGGCCACCAGGCUGUGGAAAAACAGCCAUGAUGUACAAACCAUCUGAGCGGGUACACGCUGUUUUAGGGCAAGCCAGUGUAGUUGUGAUUCGUUUGCUGGGGACAUCCCAGCUCAGUUCUGCCAUUCACAGCCUGUUGAGGGACAUUUGUCUCCGAGUGCGUUUAGCAUUUGAUUUGCCACCACCUCCAACCCAGACCAAACAGGCUCACAGUGAUUUAGUCCUGUUCCUCAGUAAACUCCUCCUUGCUGUCUCCCAUUGUGGCAUAGACACGGGUGUUCUUGAAGUAGGACCUUUAUCCUGUGAGGAAGGUGAGGAGAUGCUAGAGAUGCUCUUAGCAUCAGACAGACGAUGGCUAAGCCCAGCUAAAUGGGCCUAUUUCUGUCAGAGCUUCCCUAGUGGUGGGCAAGCCCUGCUCUUCAAGCUGGCCUUUCAUAAAGCCAGAAAAUGGGCAUCUUCAACUUCACCUUCAGAACUAGUGAUUGCUAGCACAGCCCAGGACGCCACCCCAUUAUGCAAAAGACUGAAAAAGUCACACAGCACAGUCCUUGUGGCUCAUGUGCUUGGCUAUAUUGCUUCCUUACAAAAUGGGCUGUCAGACAUGGAGCUGAAGGACAUUUUAUCCCUUGACAAUUAAGUUCUCUCAAAGAUUCACCACUGCCACCUUCAUUCAAGUAAAACUAUCCUGCACCUUCUACCUCUCCACUGGGCACAGCCAUGCAGUGACAUGCGAGAGUGCCUGGCAGAACAGAAGACAGAUGGCUUCAUCCUUCUUUGCUUUGCACACAGAAAAAACCCAGCUCUUGCUCCUUGUUCCAGUACAUCCAUUACUUUUUCCCUUCCCAGGCAAUUUGUUGAAAUGGUGCAGAAUUGUUAUCUAUCAAAACAAGACCAAAUCAAGAGGCAGUAUCUCCUGGCAGAUUUCUUCAAGGGGAUUUGGACCUGGGGAAUGAAGAAACUUCUUACAUUGCCACACUUUAGUAGAACCUGGAAUGCUGACAGGAAGGUGAUGAAUAUUAGCAAGCAUUUCCAUACCUCUAAGCUGUGGACCAGGGCACUGUGUCUCCAGACAGCUGGACAGGGUCUGAAAUCAGAAGACAAUGAAAAGAAUAGUAUCUCCAACCAAGGAGAUCUAAAGUCAUUUUACAAACUUCAUCAUGCAGUCUUCAUAUAUGUAAAAGACUACUGCGACCAGGAGGUAGCUCCUCAGCCACUCUGAUUCUCUGAUACUGCUGUAAAUCGGCGGAAGUUGAGUGAAUUGCCAUUUCAUUUACUUAAUGCUGGAUGAACUGAGGAGCUAAAACAGGAUGUGCUAGGUAAGGUCUGGGCAAGAGUGGAUACACAGUGCUCUGCAGAUGUAUGCUUCAUGCCUGCAGCCAUAGGGAAGAAUCACAACCUUUCCACCCAGCAUUACCAGCAGUCAGCAGCAGGCACAGCCGUGACAGAGUGUGAUGCAAAUGUUUACCAGAGGAAAGAACUAGAAUUUUCCUUUCCAAGAGUAAGUAUAAUAUACACAGAACUGUUGGCCAGGCUUCUUUUUUUCAUGCCUUCUUACCCAGCGGUAAUGAGGAAGCUGUGCCAGCAGUGCCUAAGCUGAUGCAGCGCCUGUCCCUGUCUUGUUCUCAUUCCACUGUGCAGAUUUCUCCAGCCGCCCGGUGCACCCCUACACACAACGCUCACCAAAUUCCUCAAAGGUAGGAUUAAACCAUCUCAAAACGUCUCUGUCUGUGGUAUCAAGAGCAGCCUCUCCUCUCUGUGUACUACGGCAGGCAUAACAGUGAUGGCACUUAGUUCUGGUUACCAGCUGCUGGUGGCAGGUUCCCAGGAUGGCUCAAUGCUUGUCUGGAAUAUGGAAGUUUUUGAGAUGCUGCACGCCCUUCCUGGACACUCAGCUGAGGUGGAGUGUGUGAAAGUGUUUGGAAAAGGAACCUGUGCUAUAUCAGCUGCCAUAGAUCACAAUCUGUGCCUCUGGAAUUUGAUUUCUGGCAGAGCAAGGUUUAUUAUUCAGGAUAUGCAUAUUGAAGAACAGCCUUCACAUCACCUUCACGUGGAUGAGGGGCACAUGAUUGUGUAUUCUUCCUCAGAGACAAAGGUCAGUGCUUAGCACCUGGAGACAGCAGGACUCCUCUCGAUUUCUGGAGAGGCGCCAGAUGCAUGGAUGUGUUCUGAAGUAUUCAGCCCAAGGAUGGUGAUUACGACUGUGUCUGAAGGAGGAACACUGGGUCUGUGGAACAGCAACACUGGCGAGCUGAGAUCCAAACAUCUGCUAUCAGGAGUACAGGAAGGAACACCAACAUCCAGUGUUCUGAUCCAGAAGCAAGGGAAAAUGAUAGUGGGAUUUAGGGGGGUAUCUCUAUCCAUGAUCUCUUCCAAUGCAAACAGCCUGACAGAGAAGCUGCCUGGAAGGGUUUGCUUUGUGAUGGUGUCAGAAGAUGAGUCCAUUCUUGCUGCAGGCUUUGAGGAGUGUGCGGGAGUGUGCCUGGCAGACGCAAAGGGAUUCCACAGGUUCCUAGGACUGGAACGUGAAGGAGUGGUUCACAUGGCUGUUAUCUCUGCUGGCAACAGCAUUAUCUUUACGGGCUCUCAAACUGCAUCUAUCGGGGUAGGGAGAAGGAAUGCUUGGCAACUGCCCAAUCACAAGCAUCUCCUACAAAUCCAGCUUACAGAAUGCGCCCCUGAUCCAGUGUGGAGUUUAUCAGACCAGGGGUUGCUAACUGACACAAUGGAUGGCAUGGGAGCACCAGUAACACUUUACCCUGCACAACUACACUUCAGAGUGUGGAACCUCACUAACAAUCAUCACCAGAAAACCUCGGCACCUGUCCCAAAUACAGGCUGCACUGCACUGUCCCAUGGGGGGAACUAUGUCAUUUUACCCAACCAAGACACACAUAAAGUCAUCAUCUAGAAUGGCACAGAAGGUGAAGUGUAUGACACACUGGACACCUCUGCCAUGAGAUGCCUGGAAAUAGCUGAGCAAAACCAGCUCCUUUUCACAGGGCUUAUAUCUGGAACAGUCCUUGUGAACUUCAGGCAGGAUGUAGUAUGCAUCCCACCUCCAGAGUCACAGAAACCAGCCAACAACAUGGCAAUCAACAAGCAGGAAAAGCAGCUUACCAUAGCAUACAAUGAUUUAGUCCUUGUGUUGGAUAUUACCUCUGCAGAUCCAUGCCCACUGAUCAACAGGCACACCUACACUUUUAAAACUCAGAUCCCUGGCUCUCCAAUUUCCAGAGUGGCUGUCCUUGCAGAUAGAUUCCUCUACGGCAUGACUAGUGGGGAUUUAUUCCUUUAUGACUGCCCUCGGGCCCAAGUGUUUCCUUUGGAAGGUCACAGAAGGCAGAUUUCUUGCUUGGAAAGCAGCCAUGGAGAGCAGCGGGCACUCAGUGGACCUGAAGACUCCCUGCAGUGUCUCUGGGACUUGGAGCUCUGUCAGCAGGAUUACUGCCCUGAGCUGUCAGGGAGGAUCCAACUGACAGGAUUCCCAGUUCUCCAAGAGAAUACCCAAAACCUGUACAUAGCUGUUCAGACGGGCAGCAAGCUAUUCUCAGCAUCUAGGUCUGAUUUGAAAGCAGCCUUACAUCUAGAUAGCACUGACACCUUGAAAGUGUAA